GGUGCGAUUGUGAUUCAGAAGAACGUCGUCCGAAAUUUGAGUUUGCACGGAGAAUCAUAAAUAAUAUUACACUGCAUUUAAAAUCUGAAUUCGGUGGGAUAAAUAUUCCAAAAAUGGAUCACAUUUCAAUUCCAAAUUUUCGACAAGACGGUAUAUCGAAAUGGGGGCUCAUAUUUCAUACGGAAGCCAAUCUUAUUUGUGAUGAAACAUUGGAUCCAAUUACGCGCAAAAUGGAAGUCGCACGUUUAUUAGCGCAUAAAAUAGCAUAUCAAUGGUUCAGUAACUUACUCAGUUCAGCUUGGUGGUCUAAUUUUUGGUUACACGACGCUCUUGCUACUAUGUUCGGAGAAGAAGCUGUUGUUAAGAGCUUUAAUAAUUCUGAAAUUUUGGAUCUCUUCAUAAUUCAGAAUCAAUACGAAUCUCUUCAUCUGGAUUCUCAUUUUAAUAUGAAUCCUGUGAAAACCACUAACUUGUCGGAUAUUAAUUCAAUUUUCAGUUUUCCUCGUUACAUGAAAGUAAUGAUUGUUUUACGGAUGUUCCAAAGUGCUAUUACCGAUGAAGUAUUUCGAAAUAAUAUCCAUGUAUAUGUAAGCAGACAAACGUUCAGUUCAAAAAUAUCUUAUAAUUUUUGGUCCAUGAAAGAAGUAUUAAAUGAAGCAUAUCACUGUAAUUUAUCAUCGAGUGAGUUCUUAACUUGGCUCCAGUACAAACAUUAUCCUGUUGUAAUCUGGGAACCAUACAAAUAUUUCGAGGUUAACAACAUAUUAUCGCAAAGUUACAUUGCAAUGAAUUACGGAAAGUGGCUGAUACCCACAAUUUUGAGGGAAAUAUCGUCACUUUAUGUAAAUUUUAAGACAUGUUUGAAACCAAACGAUAAUUCUGCCCAUCUUCCCUCAACUUUACCUUUUUAUGAAGUUUGGAUGGUGAACAUUCAACAAGCUGGUAAAUAUUUGGAAAAGCCACUGAAGACACUAGGAUAUGAAGAACGUCUAAUGGAAAAUGACUUCACCAAAUGUUUAAGACAAGAAAUUGUGAAAUGGGCAUGUAUCCUCCAAUACGAUGAGUGCAAACAAUCAGCUCUUUGUCAAUUAGAACAACAUUUACACGAUCCUGCAAGAAACCCGCUUUUACCAUGGUGGGAGCACUGGACAUAUUGCAAUGGUUUAGCAAUAGCUAAUAUUUCUAUGUGGUCAAACGUAGAAAACAGUUUGUUAAAAAAAUUUAACCAAAAAUCGCUACAGCUCUUGACAUGUUCUACGUAUAGUGUAAAUUUUACGUCUUCAUCAUUUUUGGAGCUAUUCACACAAGAUGAAAGACAAAAUAUUACGAUUAUUCGGUUAUAUAUAGACACUUUUCAUUCAAUUAUUAUGAAACAUUCUAACAACUUUAAGACGCUAAAGAAGAUAUUUAAAAAUAUUGAAAUUGUACAACCUAUACAUUUCAACAUAUUACCAGUACUAGUUGACAUCAUUAACCAUAUGUAUUCUCUCGGCGAUCUUAUGAAGUCAGGCUUCAUCAGUGUAUGA